AGCGCGCAUCAUUCAUCAAAGUCAAAAUCCAACGGGUCUCAAGUGGAAAAACAAGCAUUUAGAAUCGUUCUCAUAAAUUUGAAGUCCUUUGAACAAAACAUGGCUUCCAUAAGACAAAUCGAGGGACUAGCGUUUCUCUUCUACUGCUCUUUAUUUGCUCUAGCGAGAGGGCAAAGUUCCAUAACUCCUUCUCCGAGUCCAUCGUUCUCACUCAACUCCACAGCUUGGUACAAUGGCACAAUGAAUAACACCGAGAGUUUAAACGCCACGACUGCGAUGACCACAACUAUUUCCGAAAGUGGAGGGCCUACCAAAACCACAACUUCCGGAUCCGGAAGUGAAGGGUCUACCAAAACCACAACUGCCGGAUCCGGAAGUGGAGAGUCUACCACAACCACAACUGUCGGAUUCGGAAGUGAAGGGUCUACUACAACCACAACUACCGGAUCCGGAAGUGGAGGGUCUACCACAAGCACAACUGCCGAAUCCGGAAAUGAAGGAUCUAUCACGACCACAACUGCCGGAUCCGGAAGUGGAGGAUCUACCACGACCACAACAGCCGGAUCCGGAAGUGGAGGGUCUACCACGACCACAACAGCCGGAUCCGGAAGUGGAGGGUCUACCACGACCACAACAGCCGGAUCCGGAAGUGGAGGGUCUACUACAACCACAACUGCCGGAUCCGGAAGUGGAGGGUCUACCACGACCACAACAGCCGGGUCCGGAAGUGGAGGGUCUACCACAACCACAACCGCCGGAUCCGGAAGUGGAGGGUCUACCACAACCACAACUGCCGGAUCCGGAAGUGGAGGGUCUACCACGACCACAACAGCCGGGUCCGGAAGUGGAGGGUCUACCACGACCACAACAGCCGGGUCCGGAAGUGGAGGGUCUACCACAACCACAACAGCCGGGUCCGGAAGUGGAGGGUCUACCACGACCACAACAGCCGGGUCCGGAAGUGGAGGGUCUACCACAACCACAACUGCCGGAUCGGGAGGAAGCGGAGGUGGCGGUACCGGUGGCUCCACUGCCAUACAGCCAACUGCAACUGCCUCGGUCCUGGUCUCCACCUCCGUACAAGGUUCCACAAUGUCAGCACCUAAGCCUUACACUGAAACCAAGAUCAGUUUUGUAACGGAAGGAAAUUUUAAAGCACUCAAUGACGAGCAAAAAGGCGCGCUUAAGAAGGCCUUCGAAGAGGAAGUCUGCAAUACGACUAGGAAGAUGUACGGUGGAUUGGUAGAGGAAUGUAAAGUAGAAGGCAUUCGUGGGGGCAGCAUCAUCAUCGACAUGAUAAUCAUUUUCUCUACCAGCAACACAAGUGAUGUCAAUAUAACCGGUCUUUUGAUGGAAGUUGAACGGCAAGCGAACCAAACUGGAGGGAUUGGCGGGUACAAGGUCCUGAGCACAAAUUUCCAGAUCGCCGUCGUGCAGCCCACUUCAAGCCCUGCAGUCACGGGGGCCAAGACGGACGACGACGACGGUAUGCCCGGGUGGCAGAUCGCACUUAUCGUCAUCCUUGUCUUGGUGCUCAUCGCGGUCGUCAUCUUCGUGGUUUUUAUGCUCGUCGUGAAGAAGAAGGUGGACGAAAAAGAGACAAAUGGGAUUCCACUGGGGAUUCAAAACCAAGGGGCAUCACUGCAUGACGAAGGACUCAACAAAGUCUGAAGACGUCCGAAUUUAGCUCAAAUUUAGAUACCCAAGAGGGGAGAAUGCCGGAAUGAUACAUUAGAUGGGAGGUAAAAGCAUCAGAAACCUGGACCAGGCAGAGUAGUCCUGGUUGGCGGGAUAGCCCUGGGUCUAGUAGGAGCAGUCCGUUACGAAUGUUGCUGCUUCUAGUGAUAUUUACUGUAAUAAAUAGAUAAGAACGCCCUACAAGGUAGACCAGGCGUACCCUUAUUAUUUAGUGUUGUGCAAGUUGUAGUUAGAAAGACAAAAAAGCCAAUAGUCUGCCAAACAUACAAACAAUAAAACAACUAUAAUAAAAUAGAUAAGUAAAUAAUCGAUAGAUAAGUAAUAAACUAAAUAAUAUAGUUAAGUUGAACAAUUAGCAAAAUUGUCCCCAGGAGGUAAAAAGGAUGUUCCUAGUCACAUUUGACAGCAGGCUGGCAAUAUGGGCUGGCUCCUGACGGAACAAAGGAAUCCCAAACCUUUAGUUAAUCUCAUCUACCAGGGGAUAGGCUAGAAAGACAGAAUGGCUGAACCCCUGACCUUUUGGCAUUUUUUAGAACACUCUUAUAGUGAUCCUGGACAUUUUUCUUGAGUUUGGACGAGUUCAGCCAUUCCGCCCCUCGCAAGGGGAAAAGUUGGGUCUUUCAAGCUGAACUCUCCCGUUGAAAGUUUGGGAUCUACCCUGCUGAUAUCUAUGUGCAUCAUAAAAUGGGGAAAUCCAUUUUUUUAUAUUAAAAUUUUUUGGACUGUUAUUACAUCAUUUGUACUUUUGCACAUAAAAAUUAAACAAUCUAUUGUUUGCA